AUGGCUCAAUUUGUGACUCACAUACAGCCAACGCUGUUGGAGGCAUCGCAAGGUCAUGUGCCGCAUCAUCAUGGCCACCAGGUGGGCGUGCAACACUCAUCGCACUUGCCACACAGUGGCCACAACAUGCCCUCGCCCCCCACGGCCCACAAUCAUCAUCAUGGUGGAGGCGGUGGACACGGCAACUCGUCCUCGCAUCAUCAUCACAAGCAACCGCAUUCAGAGCCGCAUCAUGCCGAGCAGCAGCAUCAGCAGCCACACAGCAAAAAGUCACAUCAUGCGACGACUCAUCACGGCAAUCCCGUGAAGUCGCAUCCGCAUCAGAGUCCGCCAUCGGCGGUAUCCUCGCCUCCGGGGGAGCAUGUCGGUCACUAUGAUUACUUUCAGCAUCAGCAUGAGCUGGCAUUUCAGCAUCAUGGCGAGGGAGCCACGCCUACCCAUGGCAGUGGCAACAAUAAGCAUCACGAUAAGCAUGAGCAUUGCCCCACAGGACAUCAGAGUGCGGUAAGUCCUGAGGCUGACAUCAUGGCUCUGCAUGAUGUGAUCGCAUCUCGCUCUCCCAAAACAAAUUGA